UGCAUCGCGCAUGUGGCCUGAUCGGCUUUCUCUAAAAUGAUUAAGUGGAAAACUUGGAUGGUUUGGUGGUCUCUUUUAUUUAGUGUAACAACCGCUGAAUUUUUCACAUCUUUGAGUCGGAUAAAAGGCUUGGUUCGCUUGGAAAGCGCUCUGUCGAACUCUCUCGACAAUUAUUUGGAACAGAUGUCAGAACCCCCGGAGGUUCUCCGACAAUUCGCCGAUCGUGUCAGGAAAGAAAUGAAAAUCGCGGCAGGUGAUAUCGAAAAAUAUGCCUUCCACCCGAUCAAUUCAUUUCUGCUUGUGAGACGAUUUGUACGACAUUGGACGGAACUGGCGACCUUCCUCUCCGAAGGAUCACCGAACGAUCUCUAUUCCGAGCUCAUGAUCAACCGUCGAGCAUUUCCCACCUCGAAAGACUUCAUUGGAAGCCUCAACGCCAUUCUACGCAUCCAAGAGGUUUACAAUCUCAGCGCACGCGCACUCGCUGAUGGAGAUCUGCAUCAAACAAUACCAAGCGGGGGUCUGGGCGCUGACGAGUGUUAUGAGUUAGGCAUUGGUAGCAAUGAUCAAGAAAAUUACGAGGGGGUAACAGGCUGGAUGAAAGAAGCUCUUAAACGCAUGAGCCCACCUUAUGAAUACAGCGGUGCACUCACAAAAAUUGACGUGUUGGAAUAUUUAGCCUGGGCCGAGUAUAAGGUGGGACUUCUUGAAGAUGCAAUCCUACACACAAAGGAUAUUCUUGAAGAAGACCCCACAAGUAAACAAGCUCAUAUCAAUCUUGGACACUUCCAGGCCGAGGUGAUGCAACGCAAUACGAACGCAAGUCAUUCGACAAGAAACAAGCUAGACAACAAGAAAAAUAAAAAAGAUUUCGAGUUAAAAUAUGAACGCUUGUGCCGCGGAGAAACACGAAAGUCUCAGAGACAAAGAGACAGACUGAGUUGUUACUACAAUAGAAAUCGUCCAACACAAGUGCUGAGACCAGUUAAAGUAGAAACUUUAAGUUCAAAUCCAGACCUCUAUCUGUUUCAUGACGUCAUCUCAGAGAGCGAAAUCGAGCAUAUAAAGAAGCUUGCCAAGCCUCAGCUCAAGAGAGCUUUUGUCACAAACACAGAUACUGGAAAAGAGUUUAAAGCAGACUACAGGAUAAGUCAAAGCGCCUGGCUGGACGACAAUGAUUCUCUUGUAGUAAAGAAAAUUAGCCAGAGGAUUCAAACUACCACGGGUCUUUCUCUAGAUUCUGAACACUCAGAAGCAUUACAGGUGGCGAACUACGGUAUGGGAGGACAUUAUGAACCACAUCACGAUUUCCUGCAGAAUCCAGACGGAAGCCUUCCUGUUGAGGAUAUUGACGGUGACAGGAUAGCUACAGUACUGUUUUAUAUGAGUGACGUGGAGGCAGGCGGUGCGACGGUGUUCUUAGAUGCUGAAGUAAUUGUAUAUCCUCGAAAGGGUGACGCAGUAUUUUGGUUUAAUCUUAAAAAAGAUGGUACCCCUGACCUCAAAACGUUGCACGCUGCCUGCCCUGUGGUCAUUGGCUCAAAAUGGGUUGCAAACAAAUGGAUCAAUGAAAGAGGCCAGGAGUUUCGCCGACCAUGCACACGAACCUGAAAAUUCUACAAUUUUCUUUUGUUACGCUUUCUUCUU